CGGCUAUGAACGUCGAAGAUGAUCAACUUGAAUGUACUCCCAUACCUGCUAGAAUAUGAUUGAGACAAUCUACAUCGCUAGACAUGGGUUCAGAUUGAACUGGAUCAACACUAACUGGAAGAGUCCUACAGGUCUUCCAAGAGAUCCUCCCUUGGCCGCUUAUGGAGAGACUCAAGCACAGGAACUUGCAGCCUACUUUCUAGCUAUUCCCGAAGAGAAGCGUCCCACCAUCAUACUAUCUUCCCCUUACUAUCGGUGUCUGCAAACGUCCAAGCCGACCUCCAAAGCUCUUGAAGUGCCCAUCUAUGUCGAACACGGAUUGUCCGAAUGGUAUUCCCCUGUCGCUCCUGGCACUGGCUUGCACCCUAGGCCAUCGUCCGCUGCAGUCAUGCAAACAUACUUUUCAGAGAUCGACCCCUCGUGGUCCUCAAUCUGGUAUCCCACGCGAAGAGGCGAGGACGUCGAAGCCUUGCAUGAGCGCGCCAACGGUGUAUCAGAUCUGCUCGUUACGGAGAUAGAAAAGCGCUUUGGCAUCAAGCAUAAGAACAUUCUUCUAGUCAGUCAUGCUGCGAUUGUCAUCGUGCUGUGCCGGGCCUUGCUAGCACAGCCAGAUCUCCCUUUGAGAGUUGGCUGCUGCUCAAUCUCCGAGUUUUCUCGUAAAUCAGAUGCUUCGGGUGUAUUGGGUGCUUGGGAGGCCAAGGCUUUGGCUUCAGGGAGCCACCUCAAGGAAGGUGCGUCCAGGGACUGGGGCUUGGAGGACAUCCAGAUUGCAAAUGGCAAGGUUAUAUCAGACCAGGGUGUUCCCGGGACGCAAGAGGAAGAAGACAAUUGUGGGCCACAGAUACAUCGCAGCAGUUUGUGAUAGUUCUUAGAGCUAUAUGUGGUAGUGUCUCAGAAACCUUUGACAAGUUAGACCAGAUAGAAGAAUCGGUAGAAUCACGCAGUGGCAUGUUUUAAAUGUCUGGACGGGUGUCAUCAAUCUAUUUUGCGAAAGCUCCCUCCGCGACUAGUAUUAGCGC